AUGAGCGCAGCGCCGGCCCCACCGAAGCAGAUUCGCUUCGUACACAGUCAAGGACAACCUCCCUCCAAAAGGCGGAGGAUUAAUGCUGCUUGCUUGACCUGCCGCAAGCGAAAGACAAAGUGCGCAGGCGAGCGUCCUGCUUGCUCGACCUGUACGAAGAACGGCCACGAAUGCCUGGGCUAUCCCGAAUGCUCCGAAAAGAAACCGAUGGUCAACGGGCCCGGCAACAACGGUGGAAAGGGAACACAGACCGCCCCCGAGGACGAGGAGCAGUACGAGGGGGAAGAGGAGGUAUAUAAGGAAGGAGAAGGCGAUGAGGAUCACAAGGGUCGUUGGAAGCCGAGCGAGAGCCCAGCGAAAUUCGUCCCCGAUAAUGUGAACAAUAUUAAUACGAAGAAACCUCGUCCAAAUGACGCCAAUACGCUUUCUCCCGACGCCAUACGACGGCGGCACCUGUCGACGGUCCAUGAGACGAGAGAUCCGUCGUUGCAGUCCCAACCUCAACCUCUACGCCAGCAUCACCAACAAGAACAGCAACAACAGAAACGGGAAGACUGGCAGGAAUAUGGCCAGGACCGCAACCGAACCCCGUCGACGGCGGACAACCAAAGCACCAGCAGCCGAUCUCCCAUCCUACUCCACAGGGAAAGACUAGAGAGCCACAGAGUUCCCUACUUCCGCUACUUUGGCCCUACCGCUAUCGUUCCCGGCUACAAGCAGAUGGUCGUCGCUGUGAGGGACAGGAGACGGAGUGCAGGUGCCGGCUCCGCUUCUUGCACGGGCAGCUCCCCAAGCUCGGGGAGUCCACAUGUAGGUAUACUUCCUGGUCAGACGUUGGGGACUGUUUCUCUGGCCGACAGCGACGGGACAUGCAUCAGCGAAGAUCUCCCCUUUUACGACGUCAGCGAUCCUGCCCCCGUUUCACCUUUCACCCUCCACCUUCUAAGGCUCUUCUUCGUCCACUUGGGUUCCAGUUAUCCUUUCCUCAAGGAGGAGAGGUUCACCCGCAUGGUCCGGGAAAAGAACGUCGAACCGAUCCUCGUCGACGCCGUCUGUGCCCUCUCGGCUCGAUUCUCCGAUGCCCCCCAGUUUACCCGAGACGUUAAACUGGCGAGGUCCGAGUACGGCCAGCAGUACGCCCAGCGUGCCAAGGCAGCCACCGUCGACACUUUUGCCGUCCCUUCGGUGGGGGCUGUGCAGGCCAUGCUGAUGAUGGCCUAUGAGGGUUUCGGCGCCGACCAGGAUAGCGCCCUGUGGAUGUACCUCGGUCUGGCUAUCCGCAUGGCAGUGGAUCUGGGGCUGCAUACCAUGGUGGGUGUCAGGUAUCAAGGGGAGAAAGACCCCUGGUACGUCCGCCACGGGCUCCGCAAGGUCGAGGGCGAGAACACCACUGCCGACGCCGACGCCAACACCGACGCCGACGCCGGUCUCCACGACUCACCACAUCGCGAGGGCUCCCUCACUCGUGAGGAGCAGGUGGAGGUCGAGCAGGAGCGCCUCGACACCUUCUGGGCCGUCUUCAUGCUGGACCGCGUCAUCUCCUCCGGCACCGGCCGACCUGUGACCUUUCGCGACGACGACUUUGAAUUUAACCUCCCUCCUCCCGCGGUCGAUCCGUUUUCGGGAUGGCCCGCUCCCUUCCCCAGCUUUCUGCGCAUCGUCCACCUCUAUGGCCGGGUCUCGGAUGUGCUCAACAACAUCCACGACGCCAAAGACUUGACCAAAGACAAGUGGAACAAGCUGUCGCUCAUGGAACACGAGCUCACCCGGCUGUACCAGAACCAGGAUGACCGGCUGCAUUUCAACGUGACCAACUUCAAGUUCUACCUGGGCGCCGGCCAGGGCACCACCUUCAUCCUGCUCCAUUUCUGGUUCCACGCCCUCGUCAUCAUCCUCCACCAGCCCACCCUGCUGACCCCCUUUGGCUCCCUGAAUCGCUCCCACCAGCUGCUGCCCAACAGUCGCGAGCUGUCCAUGUCGAGCGCGAAAACCAUCGCCGACAUACUUUCGUUUGCCGAACUGAUCGGCCCGACGAGCUUCAUCGGGAACCCUUUUACCUCGCAGCCCAUGUACAUCGCCGCCUGCGCUUUCUUGAUGGAAUCGGCGGCCAUGGCGUCGCAGCCCGCAUCCCGUGGGCCCUCGCCGGACAGGGAUGAUCGUCGUACUAGGCCUAGGCCCUGGCCGGGCGAUGAUGCUGCUGCUACGGCGGCGAGUGCGAGCCAGGCCAAGGCGUCGUCAACGAAACACUCGCUGCUCGCCUCGGCGGCGAACCAGAACUACGCCCGGUGCUACAGCUCCUUGAAGCAACUCUGCACCUAUUGGGGCGGCGCCAAGUACAUCCUGACAGCACUCGACCAGAAAUCCAAAGGCAUAUGGGAUUGCGAGACGUACACGCACGAAGAAUACGAGAGCACCAAGACCACGCCGCGUCGGGAGUCCUCCUUCGGCCACCUCCCGCCGCCGCAUUUCGAGAUGAACCCGGCGUCGCCCAACCUACCGCCGUUUGCGUGGUCCCUGGCCGGCACGACCAAUUCGCCCAAUUCAAAUCUGACGCUGAUGUAUCAGAACAUGCAGCCUGGCAGCAGGUCGCACGCGAACCCGAACCCGUCCAUGGCUCCUGCUCCGCCCCUGCAGCCGAACUUGGGAAGCCCGUCGUCACCGUCUCCCGCGGGAACCAUGUCAUACGACCCUACGCGGCAGAGUUACGCCGGCUCUCAAUCCCCGUUCACCACGACGUACGCCCAGGCCGCGACUUCGGCUGUGCUGCAACACUCGCCACGCGGAUCGCGGGUUCAGGGUCGCCCGGCGCCUUUCCACCCUUCCCCUUCACAGCACACCUCUGGCUUUGAUGCACCAAUGCUACAGCCCCCGACGCCGGCGUCAUCGAACGCACUCGCGGGUGAUGCCGCGCAGGGCUCCGUGGCGGGAGGCAUGACGUCGACGGGGAUAUACGACGCGAGUUUCCCCGGAGCGAACUAUUCCUAUGUCGGCCAGGGAGGGAUGGGACCUCUUGGGGACGUGAUUACUUUUGAUAACCCGAUCGAGAUUGGUUCGCUUGGCAUGUCCAGCAAUACGAUACCGCAGUGGUACGAGUACCUGCCGGGCGAUGUCCUGGGUCUGUUCGAUCAUGGUAGUAACAUGAACGGAGGGGGAAUGGGUGGUGAUGAUAUAGACGGCGGUAAUGGUUCUGGUGGCGGCCGGAGAUGA